AUGCAGCAUGAUGAUCACUACUACUACUACAAAGACUCCUACAAGACGACAAAGUACUACGCGUGCCGACAAAGCCAGACUACAAAGUGCAAAGCUCGACUGACUUGUCAUGAUGACGGUACUGUGCACAUCAAGGGAGAUCAUGUCUGCGUCACCGGUGACGAUGUGAUAGCACGAGAUGUGCAAGAAGAGAUGCGCCAACUCCUUGAACUACAAAGUCUUGGUAAUUUGCGAGUUCUCCCAGGACGUGUUUGGCGUGAUGUCAAGGACGAGAUGAUCCGCACAAAACUGUGA